AUGAACGAUAAAAGAAUAACUGGUCGAACUAAACAACUUUCUUUAAAAACUACUCCAGAAUUUCACAAAGAAUUGAAAAUGCUAGCCACCCAAGAAGAAUGUUUGAUGAUUGAAAUCCUCGAAAGAGCCUUUGAAGAUUACCAAAAAAAAUUAGCCAAAAAAUCGGCAAAGGAAAAUAUUUUGCCGAAAGUUUCACCAAUAGUUACACCAACUAAAAGCAGUAAGCGUUCUCGUGAUGAUGACGAGUUGGAAGAAAUGGACAAUAAUUUAAAAAGGCAAAAACAAAAAGUAGAAAUAAAAUUUGAAGAAUACUUGCCUAACGAAAAUUGGGGCAUGGCACUCUAUCAAGAAAAUAAUCUUAAUCAGGCUAGUUUAGCCCAAAAGAGGUUUGCCAAAACUUUAAUGACUGAAUUAGCCAGUAGUCCAACCGGGUCAGCCGGAAUUUUGCCUACUUCUGCCCAUGAAGCCGCUCAUGUUUCCCCGCAAGUAAACCAUAAUCCUUUGUAUCAGCCUUGGAUAGGGAGAGGCCAUGAUAAUAUUUGA